AUGUCGGAGGACGAUUCCACCUCCAACUACGCGCCAAGGUCGCCCGACCUUUCUUCUUUUUACUCGAGCGGCCCCGGCCCCACCCAGCCUGCCUCGCAACAUCCUCUCGGCCACGGCCAAGGUCCAGGUCAAUAUAAAGUGCAACCUCCCGCCUACACGUAUGGCUCAUCCUACACUCCACCCGUGCCACAAACCUCGACUUUUGUUCAGCAACAGCGCAUCAAGCCCGGAUUGUCAGCCUACUCUCCGCCCGUGCAGCAGCAGCAGUAUUCCCCCCCGGGCCAAUCCUCGAAUUACUUGGCACCGCGCCCUUUGCAACAGGACCCGUAUCGCGUACAGCAACCCGUCGUCCCGCAGCCAGGUCAGGUAUAUCCUGGACAUAGUAUUCACCACCAGCAGCAACAGCAGCAACAGCAGCAGCAGCCGCCUGAGCUCUGGCAUCAGCAAGAUUAUCCCCGGAAGUCGUCGCCAGCGUCGCCAGGCCCUUCUCGGCAGGCCAACUCAGAAAUGCCUCCGCGGAGAUCUGUCGCACAGCCGCCAGCCCCUGCCAUUGAGCCGUCACCGGUCAGGACCAAGUUCCCCACAGCAAGAAUCAAACGCAUCAUGCAGGCCGAUGAGGAAGUUGGCAAGGUUGCACAGCAGACUCCAAUUGCGGUGGGCAAGGCGCUAGAGCUGUUCAUGAUUCAAAUGGUCACCAAAAGCGCCGAGGUUGCCAAGGACAAGGGGUCCAAGAGAGUUACAGCGCCCAUGCUUAAGCAGGUUGUCGAAGCAGACGACCAAUGGGAUUUCCUGCGGGAAAUUGUCGCCCGUGUCGAAAAUGAGAAGGAGGGGAGCAAGUCCAAGGCUCAGGCUGAUAGCGACAGCGAGGAAGACUCUGAGCCGAAGAAGAAGGGGAGAGGGGCUGGCCGCAGGAAAAGGACGCAGUAG